AUGCAUAAAACCGUAGUUCCCAGAAAGUCUGGGGUGCAUAGAUUCGCCUGUUUAGCACUUUAUCGGGCACUUCUCCGACAAUGCGCAAAAUUACCGAACACCGCGGAGGAGCUUAGCACCUGCAAGCCACUCAUACAACAAAAGUUUCAGAGAUACAAGAAGCUCCAGAGCCCGUCACAAGCAGUCAAUGCUUUGAAAGCUGGGUAUGAGGCUCUCGACCUACUCCAUUCGGCCUCCCAAGGAAAUCAACGCAAUACAAAUCGUAUUGUGGAGCUCAUAUCAGACAUCCGGUCGAUAAAGCAGAAAGAAUCGGCGCUGCAGAGAGAGCUCUCUAAGAAGGAGCCGAAACCGUUAUCUCAGAAGCAACAGAAGACAAAGGAGUCCCGGCGUUUACAAGACCAAACCGCCCGACGACAUCCGGAUGCCACUUCUAUCCUUUCUCGUCCGCGACCCGUCGUGAGCGGCACGCGUCGGGUGCCCGUUCUUGUGAACGCGCGGGGAGUGCCCUUCCUGCGCAUCAAAAAGCCCCAACCCAAGAAUUUAAGCGGUGUGAUACGGUCAAAGCUUGAAAAGCGAUGGAGCCGGAUUGAACGCCGGGAUAGGCUGGACCGUGAAUUACUGUUUGCCAAUGAUGAGGAUAAUUGGGACGCUUUGACGACUGGGUCUGAGUCCGACACAUGGGCUAAAGGGGUCAAAGACGCAUUAGGGACGCUUAACCAGCAAAUCCAUGACACCGACAAGAAGAACAUAGAACUUGCAGAGGCCAUGUGGAAAGUUGUUCUUGCCGAGCGCAAGUUGGCAGCCGAGGAAGAAAAACAGAGAUCGACUGAAAAGCCAAGUGACACUUGAUUUCCUUUCUAUGUCCCAAUACGGUAAGAUAUUAUACGAGAUGUCACUCAGGCUGUUCUACUCCGCAAUCAAUCGCGGAACAGGGGACGACAGAAGAAAGCGAGUCCAGACCGUCUUCUGGUUACUUCAUGGUAAACAGCAGCAGUCGCAUCAUCCACGUUGUACAAGUCAUACACGAGCUGGGAUACAUGCGGACGUCCUCCACCAUUUCUUUUUAAUUUUCUUCGGGGGGUGGAAUAUCCCCCGAAGCGAGCCACAUGCCUACUAAGCGCGGUUCAUCGCAAACUAAGAUGGGACACGUCCACCACUGGUCCGUCCGGUUUGCAUCCCUCUGCAUAUGAGGCUGUGACUCUUAGGAUCAAGUGACAUGCGUUUAACUAACUCAUAAUACCUAGAAAAAUUAUGAAUAAACCAUACUUGCAUCCAAAUUGCGAAACAAGGUCCUUCUCAAAAUCAUUUCCUAUUUGUGGGGUAAAUUUACGGAAUCGUGGACGGUGUUAAAGAAGUUAAAGGGACAGGAUCGUUGUCU